CGUUUUUCCACAAUGUCCCGAAUUCGUUUGUCCUGAGAAAACAUCGCACGUCUCGUACGGUCGCAUUUUACCACUUUUCUUUCCGUGUUCUUUUUACUUUGCAUUUUCCAUCGUUAUAAACAGGACUCAGCAAAAAUGCCAGGAUCAAGGAAAAUGAUCCUGAAACACGUGAUGUCCGGAAUUUGCACGAAAAUGAACCGGACCAAACAACUACCAUCAGACAUAAUGGAAACCCCAUUAAAUCGUUGUUUGAACACUUUCGACAUCACUCUUCUGGGUGUCGGUCAUAUGGUUGGUGCCGGAAUCUAUGUCCUGACUGGCACGGUGGCAAAGGACAAAGCGGGACCGGGAAUAAUAAUUUCUUUCCUGCUCGCAGGACUUGCCUGUCUUCUAUCGGCCCUUUGUUACGCCGAAUUCGGAACCAGAGUGCCCAAAGCUGGAUCCGCUUACGUUUACACAUACAUCUCGAUCGGGGAAUUCUGGGCGUUUGUCAUUGGCUGGAACAUCCUGCUCGAACAUAUGAUCGGUGCUGCUUCUGUUGCAAGGGCCUGGAGUGGCUAUGUUGAUUCCUUGUUUGGGGGGUUCAUUAGUAAUACCACUAUAUCGGUGACUGGAGAGAUGCAUGAGCAGUUGUUGGGCAGAUAUCCGGAUCUUUUGGCAUUCACCGUUUGUUUGGUAUACGCUCUCUUGUUAGGUAUUGGAGUCAAAGGAUCGGCGAUUGUUAACAGUCUUUUGACUACAAUUAAUCUGUGUGUCAUGAGCUUGAUCGUUGUCGUAGGAUUCAUGUAUGCAAACGAAGACAAUUGGACUGCCCAAAAAGGCGGUUUUCUACCAUAUGGUUUCGGAGGUGUGAUCGCGGGUGCCGCCACCUGCUUUUACGCCUUCGUGGGUUUCGACAGCAUCGCCACCUCUGGUGAAGAGGCCAAGAACCCUUCCUUCUCCAUACCCAUGGCCACCGUCAUCUCCAUGGGCAUCGUCACUUUGGGUUACAUUCUUGUUGCCUCUGCCCUGACACUCCUAGUGCCAUACUAUGAGAUAAGCGAGACUGCAGCUUUGCCCGAAGCUUUCGCCAAUGUCGGAAUGCAUUGGGUUAAAUAUGUGGUGUCUUUGGGCGCUAUAUGCGGUAUGACCACCACGUUAUUUGGGUCAUUGUUUUCUUUACCGAGAUGCAUGUACGCUAUGGCAGUUGAUGGACUACUCUUCGGAUUUUUGGGGAAGGUUAAUAGCAAGACUCAAUUACCCUUAAUCAAUCUGGUCAUAUCCGGUAUUAGCUCGGCUAUUAUUGCUUUGCUCUUUGAUUUGGAGAAGCUGGUGGAAUUUAUGUCGAUUGGUACUUUGUUGGCUUACACGAUUGUCAGCGCUUGCGUGAUUAUUUUGAGGUAUAGGCCAAGUAUUGAAAGCACCUUGCCUAAACCUGUUACGACACCAGGUUCCGAAGUUUCUGGUUCGGAUAUGACAACGCCGGCGUCAGAAAUUAUUAAUCUUGCAGGUACUUUAAGAGCUCAAUACAGUUGGUUGUCUCCACUUUUUGGAAAAUGUGAACCAGGUUCAGUUGUAACAACUUGCGUGUUUAUUUACACUGUUUUCGGAGGUGCUUUGUGUAUUCUCUUUCAAGUCUCAAGUAGGGAUUUAUCUAAUGGAAUUUGGUGGACUGUUAUCAUGGCAGGAAUCUUCAUUCUUAUUAUGGCAGGAUGUAUGGUGGUAAUCAUCGCCCAUCAUCAAAAUGAUAGUGGCCUAAGAUUCAAGGUACCAAUGGUACCGUUUAUACCGGCAUUGAGUAUUUUAUGUAACAUAGAAUUCAUGGUGCACUUAAACGUUUUGACCUGGUUGCGAUUUUUUGUCUGGAUGAUAUUCGGAAUGUUGGUUUACUUCCUUUACGGCAUCCAUCACAGUAAAGAGGGCGAGAACAACUCCUCUUAUUCAAUUUUGAUGACGACUUCAGAAGCUGUUAAGGAAACUUGGGGUUCGACCACGAGAACGAACAUCAAGGGGUUCGUGACAAGAAGGGGAAGUUCCCCGGGAGAUAGAACUGCAAUUAUUGAUGAUGACGACAGUACUGAUUAGAUUUUAGUCCGAUGAGUAUAAUGUAAAUAACUACAAGAACAAAAAAGACUAAUUUAUUUUCGAAACGUAUUUUGGGAUAUGUUGUUUUUAUCAUGGAAUGUAUUAACAAACCUACUGCUUAUGCUCAAAUGUUUUACGUACAAUUGUACAAUUACUAUAAUUGCAAUACCAGCAAAUGUUACACUGAUUUUAUUAUAGUUUACUAUCGUUAAUCUUUCAUAAAGGUUUAUUAAUAUAUUUGGAAGAUUCUAUAUGUACCAGAUUGAAGGAUGUGCUUAUUUUAUUAAAAACAAACUUUAGUCAAUCUAUAGAAUAAAAUUGUAAAUAUCUAUGGAAUAAAUGAGAUAUAUCUACA